GUGAACGCGGCUCUGGGAGUGUCUGCGAGGAUCCAGCCCCGCAGUCGCUGGAGCUAACGAGAGGAGCAUCUGCGCGGACAAUGCAGCGGCGGAGUGGGGAGGAAAUAACGCGGUGAGAGACGAACAUGAAGCGGGAUAGUUGUGUUGGGAUUGUACGGCGGCAGUGAUUUGCUGGACCACGUGGUGGUGUGACGCGAAUGACCUUUUCAUAACGGUACAGGGAGAUUCUGGUCAAAUGCAGGACUCUGCUGUGUGCACUGUCAAUCCUAUUAUGGUCUGUUACAGCGUUACAUUUGUCAGGUGUCGAUAUUUACAUCCGCAUUCAAUGUAAAAAAAAAAGCUCUAAAGGCUUAGUGUCCUAAUCUAUUGUCUAUCAGUAGCUGAUCACACGAUGACCUCCAUGCUGUGUUAUUAGAGAGUAAUCACUGCAAAGUCAAUAUUUCUUGAUGUAGCUUGUUGCAAUCCACGUAUUGAAUUCACUGCUUCACAUUCACCUGCUCCAGUCACAGAGGUGAGCUUCAUUCAUUCAUUCACAGCUGAUCGCCUUUUCACUGCAGUGACUGUGUGAGACACUGGACACACACACACACACACGCUGGAUGACAUGAGUUUGUCAUCUGUUGUGGAAACCUGCUUAAACCUGUGAGCUGCAGAUCAGACAGUGAACGCCUCCAAUAAGGCAUCAGGACACUUCUGUGCCAGGACUGUGGAGGAGGGAUGCUGAGGGCCACUGUGGGCUCUGUGGAGGAGAGGGACGAGGAGCAGGAGGAUGAAGGUGAGGACGAGCUGAGGGACGGAGGGGUGCCCUUCUACGUGAACAGAGGAGGACUCCCGGUGGAUGAGGAGACUUGGGAGAGGAUGUGGCGCCAUGUGGCACGAAUCCACCCCAGCGGCGAAGCGUUGGGGAAGGAGAUCCGAGGGGCCACAGACCUGCCCAAGAUUCCUGUGCCGAGUGUGCCUUCAUACCAACCUACCACCACUGUCCCACAGCGCCUGGAAGCCAUACAGAAAUACAUCAGGGAGUUUCAGUACAAUCACACAGGAAUGCAGUUCUUUGAAAUCAAGAAGAGCCGUCCUCUCACCGCGUUGAUGGACAUUGCUAAAGAGAUGACGAGGGAGGCCCUGCCAAUCAAAUGUCUGGAGGCGGUGAUCUUAGGGAUUCACCUGACCAACAACAUGCCGGGUGUGGAGCGCUUCCCCCUCAGCUUUAAGUCUCAAUUCUCAGGGAACCACUUCCACCACAUCGUGCUGGGAGUUCACAGCGGGGGACGUUUCGGCGCUCUGGGCAUGAGCAGGAGAGAGGACCUCAUGUUCAAGCCCCUGGAGUUCCGGACACUGAUGGACCUGCUGCAGGAAUACGACGCAGCCUACAGGGGCUACUGGCACACGCUCCACAAGGUCAAGAUCGGCCACUACGUGUCUCACGACCCCCACAGCGUGGAGCAGAUAGAGUGGAAGCACUCCAUACUGGACGUGAACAAGCUGACCAAGGACGAGCUGCGGAAGGAGCUGGAGAGGCAUACGCGGGACAUGCGGCUCAAGAUUGGAACGUCGGCACAUCCCUCUCCAACCAAAGACAGAAGAAACAGCAUGGGUUCACCGCUCCGAGGGCCGGGCAGCCCAAUACGCAGGAUCAGCCGUGUUGAGAGACGCCCCUCUGGAGAGAAGAAGGUCUUGGAGCAGAACUCGUCUACAGACAUGAACGGAUACCAGAUUAGAGUCUGAAGAAAUCUUACUACACACUUUUCAUGGGCCGAUUAGGUUUACUUUUAGUCUAAUUUAUUUGUACACACUGACCUACGCAUUGGAUGCAAUGUGGAAUAGGUCACCAGCAACCUAUCCCUACCAAGACCUGCCUCAUUCCGCUUCUCCACGUUUGUGUCGGUAGUUUUUGGAGCAGCUACUGUGCUUCGUAUUUGGUGCUGGCAACGCUCCUAAAAUAGAACUAGGGGUCACAAGUGCAGUUUGGCCAACUGUAACGAGAGCGAAUCGGGACGCGUCCUUAAAAGCCUGGUGAAGACGACCGCUCAGCGUCGUCGACGUGCUAAUGGACAUACAGCUUCUCUUUUUUUUGGUGUUCAUCGACAGUUUGUGUCGUCGUACUGUAACAAAAACGCGUCCUUUUUUGAAUCCACUUAGCAGCAAAUGCUUGUGUAGUGACUCGUUUGUAAACCACAACCCUUUGUGCCUUGUGUGAAAACUCAAAGAGAGAACACCUUUUUUUUUUAUAUCUAAUCAAUUAUUGUUAUGGCCUCACAAAACAGUAUAAUCGCUGACCACCCCAGUAACUUUAAUAUAAACGUAUGACAGACAGCAGCAUGUUCAGCAAGCUAGAUGUAGACGGAGUAUAUCGAAGCGUACGAACGCUUCCGUUGAGUGACACGGUUACCGAUGGGAUUCCUGGGAACAGCUGACUGAUCUCACCUGCAUUUCAUGUAGAUGUGAAAUAUUGAGUCGCUUUAUAUGUGUGUACUGUACAAGUGCUUUGUAUACACUUUUUCUUUCAAAUUGUAGCAACUUUAUAUACAAUAUUUCACUCGCCUGAAACAAUGGUAUCCAAGCAGCAGACUUCCAUUAAGGCAGACGUGCAAAGGAGUUUGUUUACAGCACUUUUACCUGCUUUUUUGUAAUUUUUUUAAACAAAAAAAAAGGUCAUUUUAUACUUUCUCUAGUGUCACUGAAUAUUUAAGACACAUUGGCCUGAAUAUGUUUUUAUGUGUAUAGUCGGUGUUGUUCAUGUUCUGUUUAAUAUCCUAUAAAAAAACAACUGUUUUGUAUCAAAAGAUUUACAGGAUCACAAUAAAGUGUCACCAGUGUUGAGGCAACACAA